GAACGCGUGCAAAAUGUUAACUGCUCUCUUGCUGGUAUUGUGCUCGAUUAUAUUUCUAUAUCUGUCUUAUAAAUAUGCAGUCGGUCGUCCUUCAGGCUUUCCACCCGGUCCUCCGCGACUGCCUAUUUUUGGAAGCUAUCUUUUUAUGCUGCUGAUCGAUUACAAAUAUCUACACAAGGCUGCCUUAAUACUUAGCAAGUGGUACAAAUCGGACAUUAUUGGUCUUUUUGUCGGCAGUUUUCCCGUGGCCGUGGUGCACAGCGGAGAAGGUGUGCGCGAAAUAUUAAACAAUCAGGCCUACGAUGGACGACCUCCCCUCUUUCUGAGCAAAAUGCGUGAUCCCGGCGAUUGUGUGCGAGGCAUAUUCUUUCAGGAAGGAAUACUCUGGAAAGAACAGCGACGCUUUAUCUUACGUUAUCUGCGUGACUUCGGUUUCGGUCGUCGUUUCGAUCAGUUGGAGCUAAUCAUUAAGGAGGAAAUAACCGACAUGCUGGACAUGAUACGCAACGGUCCGCGCUAUGAGCACGAGCAUCAUCUGGUCAAGCCGGGCGGUUAUCGGGUGCAGUUGCCAUUGCUCUUUAAUCCCUUCUCGGCCAAUAGUCACUUUCACAUUGUCUACAACGAGCGCCUGGCCCGGUCUGAAAUGGCCAAGUUAGUGAAGCUUGUUCAGUUGGGCUUACAGUUCCAGCGCAAUGCGGACGACUACGGCAGAUUGUUGAGCAUAAUACCCUGGAUACGAUACAUCUGGCCGGAGGCGAGCGGCUAUAACAAACUGAAUGAGGCCAAUUUAUAUGUACGUGCCUACUUUUCGGAAUUCGUGGAUCGUCACAUCGAUAGCUACGAUGAAUGUAGCGAGCGCAACUUUCUGGAUCUCUAUAUAGCCGAGAUGAAAAAGGGCCUGCCCGAAGAAUAUGGCUUUAAUCGGGAGCAAUUCAUCAUGGGCCUCGUCGACUUCUCAUUUCCCGCCUUCACGGCAGUUGGUUCCCAAUUGUCACUGAUUGUCCAGUACAUGAUGCUCUAUCCCGAGGUCGCGAAACGCGUACAACGCGAGAUCGAUGAAGUGGUGGGCAGCGGACGUUUGCCCACGCUGGAGGAUCGCAAGCAUAUGCCAUAUACGGAGGCGACAAUACGUGAAAAUCUACGCAUUGAGACAUUGGUGCCAUCGAAUGUGCCACACAAAACACUGAACGACACCGAACUUAUGGGCUAUCGCAUACCUAAAGGCACUGUUAUCAUACCCAGUCUGUACGCCUAUCACAUGGACAAACGCAUUUGGUCGGAUCCCGAAAAGUUUCGGCCCGAACGCUUUCUGGACAAUCAGGGCCAAUUGUGUCUCAAGCUGGACGUAUCCCUGCCCUUUGGCGCCGGCAAGCGUCUGUGUGCCGGCGAGACCUUUGCACGGAACAUGCUCUUCUUGAUGACCACAGCCAUGCUGCAGAACUUCGACUACACCCUGGCGCCGGGCGACACACUACCAGAUCUAAGCAAGAAUAACAGUGGCUUAAUUAUAACUCCCCCAGAUUUUUGGGUGCAGCUAAAAGAACGUUAGGUUCUUCUAUUUAAAAUAUAUUUGAUUUGAA